AUGCCUUCCCGUAGCGAUCUGGGGGAUCUCGUUCUCCCACUUUUCGUUACUUUGGAGCAGUUCUACUGUGGGGCCAUACGCCAUGUGCAAGUCAACACGAAAGAGCUCAACAAGGCAGGCUACUGCCUGUUGCAGGAGACCUUUGAAGUCUACGUGCCUCGUGGUGCACCAGACGGGCAUCGAGUGACCUUUGCUGGCAAGGUGACUACGGGGGACGUUGUUUUCGUCUUGCAGGAGAUGAUUCAUCCACUGUGGAGCCGGCAAGGAAGCCAUCUCUUCGUGAAGCAGAACAUCACCUUGCGGCAGGCGGGUCAGAAACAGACACGCUGCUGGAGCCUAAGUAGACUCUACACUGACUCAAUGCUGUAUGGCUGCAGCUGUUUAGCUUGA